AUGCCUGUUCUAACCAAAACUUGCCGGAUGGCAUUGUCCGCUAACGAGGUGUGGGGAGCGAUUUUUGCUGCAACAAAUAUAUACCCGUCCGCCAUGCCUAACCUGAUUGCAGGCAUCCGAGUGACCAGCCGAGACGGUGUUACUGCCGGUUCGGUUCGGGAGAUCACUUUUGGAACUGCCACAGCAGGUAUGGUCAGCCAGGCGACCGAGCAGAUUACCAGGGUCGACCAUGCCACUCGAACCGUCGAAUCCACCUUUAACAAUGAUAGGAACUUCGUGGGCAGGCACUUUCGUUCUGCCUCCCUGGUCGUAAAGGUGGAUCCCAAUAACGCCGACGAUGGCCCCAACUCUCGAGGUUCCACAAUCACCUGGACUUUGACAUACUCAUGGAUUUCAGCUACUGCAUCAGGCGGACUCAAUUUGGACGUUUUCUGGAAUGCUAUAGAGCAGGGAUUCAAGGAUUUAGACACUUACAUCUAG